AGCGGUGCGCUUUUUGGUCCCCGGACUCAAGCGCUGAAGUCCCGAGGAGCAAUGGAGAGUUCUGAGCCUGACCCUGCGGAUGACACUUCCAUGGACGCGUUCCUGGAAAAGUUUAAGAGCCAGCCGUACCGCGGCGGCUUCCGCGAGGACCAGUGGGAGGAGGAAUUUGACAAAAUCCCUCUAUUUAUGAAGAAAGCACCGUCAGAAAUUGAUCCUAAGGAGUUUCCUGACUUGGCUUGCCUCCAGUCGAUUAUUUUUGAUGAUGAGCGAUCUCCAGAAGAGCAAGCCAAGACCUAUAAAGAUGAAGGCAACGACUACUUUAAAGAAAGAGACUAUAAGAAAGCUGUGGUUUCAUACAGUGAAGGGUUAAAGAAGAAGUGUGGAGACCCUGAGUUGAAUGCAGUCCUGUACACCAACCGGGCAGCAGCCCAGUACUAUCUCGGCAAUUUUCGCUCUGCCCUCAAUGACGUGCUGGCUGCCAAGAAGCUAAAGCCCAGCCAUGUGAAAGCCAUAAUAAGAGGUGCCCUCUGCCAUCUUGAACUGAAACACUUUGCUGAGGCCGUGAGCUGGUGUGAUGAGGGGCUGCAAAUCGAUGUCAAAGAGAAGAAACUUCUAGAAAUAAGGGCAAAAGCAGACAAGCUGAAGAGGAUGGAAGAGAGGGAUCUGAGGAAAGCAAAGUUGAAAGAAAAGAAGGAACAGAGUCAGAAUGAGGCUCUACUUCAGGCCAUCAAGGCUAGGAACAUCAGGCUUGUCUCUGAAGUGGCCGGUGAAGAUGGAGAGUCAGCCUCUGGUCCAGCUGAGGUCUUCCUGGAUGGGCUUAGCUCUGAGAACCCCUGCGGAGCCAGACUAAGUCUAGAUGAGCAGGGCCGGCUCAGCUGGCCUGUGCUGUUCCUGUACCCGGAGUAUGCACAGUCUGACUUCAUCUCUGCUUUUCAUGAGGACUCCAGGUUUAUUGACCAUCUGAUGGCCAUGUUUAGUGAUGCACCCUCCUGGGACGAAGAGCACAAGUACCACCCGGAUAAUUUGGAGGUCUACUUCGAGGAUGAGGACAGGGCAGAACUCUACCAGGUGUCGCCCAGGAGCACCCUGCUAGAGGUGCUGCAGCACCCCAGGUACGCUGUGAAAGCCCUUACACCAGCAUUCCUGGUCUGUGUAGGGUCCUCUCCUUUCUGUAAGAAUUACCUUCAGGGGAAGAGGGUGCACAGGUAAUAUUUGAUCCAAGCCCCCAGGUCUCUUCCCUCAACUUCCUCUGCCUGGAAUCUACACACUUGGAUUAGCUGGGCCGACCUAGAGUCCAGCACUCUAUCCCCAGGGACAAUGGUUCCUAGCCUCAUGAGGCUACUGGCCUCUUUGAACCUCAGCCUGUCUAGCUGAGUACUGAGCUCUAGCUGGGCCUCACCUCCUCAGAUUCACAGCUCUGCCCUGGUCAGAGCAUCCUUGGAGUCCAUCUCUGAAAGAAGCAUUUGCUACAGUUACCAGAAGAGCUGGCCUUGGUAACUCCCUGACCUGUAGACUCUCUCAGGAUGCAGCGACAGUCAUAACUCUGUGACACUGGGCACAUACAGAAGGCACUCCUCGGCCCUGCACAGAACUCUAAGGCCUUCAGGCUGAGAGACUGGUUCAGUUCUCUCACCAGCAUGGGGAAGAGCUGUAAGGGAUGCUGUGGAUGCUAUGAGAUAAAUGGAGUCACAUCUGUUUCUGUGCUGACGACUGUACAGACUGGGAUCCUUGGGACUGCUCAGCAGUCUGCCGGUUUCCCUGACCUCCCACUGUGAGAACUUCCAGCAGACCAGACCAGAGCUUCCCCAAUUCCUCAGCUUGCGUUUUGCUCCUGCCUCAGCAGAAGAAUGCUGGAUUAAGGUGUGCACCACUGCCUGGCUAGGAUUUCAUGCCUUCUGAUCUGGAAAGUCUUUACCUUCACAGGUUGUUUUUGUCUUGAGCUGUUCUCUGUGUCCUAGAGACUUUGUGUGCUCUCACCUGCAGUACCCACCCCUGCUCCCAAGGGGAGCAUACUGCUCAAUGCCCGUGCAAGGGCAAUGAGAUGUGACAUCUGACAGAAGCUUGAGGAGCCAGUGGGCAGGGGCCUACAAGUAUUCUUUUCCCUCUCCUAUGAGGCUCCAUUUCUCAGAUAGGAGCAUACCCUUCAGCCUGGGUGUCUGUGCAAAGCUCACAGGAGCUGGCCUAAAACCAGUGUUUGUAACAUGAAUGGCAUUUUUUUUUUUUUUUAUGGUAAACACUGAGAUUUAGGGGGUUGUUACUGUAGCAAAACUGACUAAUACAUCAUUAAAUUGAAAUCAGCUGUUGGCCUUCA